AUGGCAGACCCAAUGACCGAAAUCGACGUCGACCUCAGUGUUCAAGAAGUCCUCCUCGCAGCCUCCCAGCAUGACACCCAAAAGCUCCGACGGCUCCUCCGUGCCAACGAUGCGGCCAGCAACCCCGCCAACGUUAAGGACCCGGAGACCGGCUACUCUCCGCUCCACGCGGCCAUUGCAGCUUGCGAGCCUGACGUGGAGGAAGACGUGAAGACAAAUGGCGCGCCUAACGGCGUCCAGACAAACGGAGAAGAACAGACCAGUGAGCAGGAGAGCACAGUUCAGGCCGCCGUGCAGACUGUGAGGCUUCUUCUGCAGGAGGGCGCUAUUUGGAAUGAUCUGGACCUGAACAAUGAGACUCCGGGAUGUAUUGCGAGGAGACUGGGAUUAACCGAGCUUUAUGAGAUGAUCGUGGAUGCCGGAGUCAGGGCGGAGCUGCUGCUGAACAGGCUCGACGGAUACGAACAAUUGUCAGACGAAGAGAUGGAAGAGGACCAAGAAGAGGAGCAAGAACAACAGGAAAUCACCGAUGCCGGUGCAAGCGCCUCAAACACAGCAGACGACGAGUCUGUCCCGCAACUAGUCGAUUCCACAACCGCCGCAACCACAGAGACUACACAAACAGCCGAAGCUGAAGCCGAUCCCAGCGUCACCAGCUCCCGCUACCUAAACUCCGACCUAACCUUCCAACAAGACCGGCUGCUGGACCAAGACCAGAACGGCGUUAUGAUGGCCUGGGAAACCGAGAUCAUGGCCAAAUCCGCAAAACAACUUCUCCCAACACCGGGCCUCCGCGUCCUCAACGUCGGACACGGAAUGGGCAUCGUCGACGGUUUCAUCCAGGAGCAGGCCCCCUUAGCACACCACAUCAUCGAAGCACAUCCGGGCGUAGUCGCCGAAAUGAAGCGGAAGGGCUGGCACGAGAAGCCGGGCGUCACUAUCCACGAGGGCAAGUGGCAGGAUAUUCUUCCUGGGCUGGUCGCGGAGGGCGUGAUGUUCGAUGCCAUCUACUACGAUACCUUUGCCGAGUCGUAUGCCGAUUUCCGGGACUUCUUCACGGAGCAGGUUAUUGGUGUGUUGGAGCAGGAGGGUAAAUGGAGUUUCUUCAAUGGCAUGGGUGCAGACCGACAGAUCAGCUAUGAUGUCUACCAGAAGGUCGUGGAGAUGGAUAUCUUUGAGGCUGGAUUUGAUGUCGAGUGGGAGGAGAUUGAUGUGCCGAAGCUGGAGGGAGAGUGGAACGGUGUUCGCCGGCCGUACUGGAGUAUAGACAAGUAUCGGCUUCCGCUGUGCAAGUACAUGGAUUAA